AUGAAACCUCAACCGUCGGGCUUCUAAAUUCUUUGCUCCAAACCCAAUUAGUACACAGAUGCCAUAGCAGGGCAAUGGACUCAAUAUGGUCGUGAUUCGGGAGUCUCCCAAUGCCAAGGAACCUAAAGAUCAGCCUCAAUGGCCGCCUCGUUCCCCCCACGAAGCGCUCCUCAGCUCCCCAAGUGGGCGCAAACGGCUGGAGCGAAUCCGAGAGGGUCGGUCAGUAUCACCUUCGCCGCGAAGGCCUAUUCGCGCGACACCGAAGAAAGCCAUGAGCAUAGAAUCUUCCUCAGACGAGGAGGAAGAUGAGGAUGAGGAGACUUUGCAACUCAAAUUGAAAGCCAUCGAGGCCAAGCUCAAAUUAAAGAAACUCCAGAAAGCAAAGAAGGAGGCAGGUGCGCGCAGAGUUGACGUGGGUGAAAAGUCCCCAGUGGCAUCUUCAGCCAGUGGUCAGGCAGGGAUAAGUGCGAAGCGAGAGUCGGCAGAGGCUUCUAAACCUGAUAUAGAAGUACCAUUGUCUCCUGUAAAGAAACAAAUCCAGGCCUCGGAGCCAAAGUCGCCUGCAAGGAUUUUGUUAGGAAUCGACAAAGGGAUAAAGGCGCAAGACGUUUCGCUGAAAAGACCCAGGACCACUAGUUCAGAUGCUGGGGCGGGUAGAUCAAAUUCGCUGCGCAAUGUCCAAGACAAGAGUGACCUCAGGGUCAAGAGCUUUAGCGAGAGGAUUGCAGAGAGCAGAUUGAAUGCGCAAGAGCAGCAAGCUAAGGAGCAAAGAAUAAUAGAGUCGAGGAGCAAGGGCUUUGGGUUGCACAAGGCUGACGAAAAUAUGCUCGGAGACUCAAGACCAAGAUAUGGACUCAACAAUGAUGGUCAUGCAGGCAGUGCUGCUGGUCAAAGUUCAACGACAAACAUGUCGGUGGCAAGAUCUCUACAAAGAUCAAGCUCCUUGCGAGAAAAAAGUUCCAUUCGGAAUCACAUCGCGUCCGGGAUCAGCAAAACGGAGCCAAUGUCAGAUUCUUCGGAUUCGAAGCCCCCAAGCCGGCCAAGUUCAUCUCUUCGUGCUGCUGAAAUCUCCUCUCACACGUCUUUACCUUCUUCAGAGAUCGACUCCUCACAGUCAGCAGCUGUACUGGAGCCAUAUAGUGGUGUCUAUCUCAAGAGACGGGAUAUAGAUCACAGCACGCUGACCAGAACACUCCAAGGCAAGGAAUUAUAUCCAAUCCCAAGACUGCUUCAUGAAAUCAAGGGACCAUCGUACGAUGCACCGGAUUGUGAGUCGGAUUAUGUAGUUUUUGGGGUUAUAUGCUCAAAAUCAACACCAAGAGAUCACAAGAACUACCCAAAAUCGAUCGACUCGUCCGGCAAAGAAGAUCAUGCUAGACCAAAAUUCAUGGUCUUCCGGCUUACUGAUUUUAAGUAUGAGGUCGAUCUCUUUCUCUUCGACACUGGAUUCGAAAGAUGGUGGAAGCUGAAGGAGGGAACAUUAAUUGCGGUCUUGAAUCCGGGAAUCAUGCCACCAAGAGUCAGAGACACAGGUGCAUUCAGUCUUAAAGUUACAAGCUCGGAGGACACAGUCCUUGAAAUUGGCCGCUCUCGUGAUCUUGGAGUCUGUAAAGCCAUGAAAUCCGAUGGCAGCCAAUGCACUGCCUGGGUUGACAAGCGCAAAACUGAGGUUUGUGAGUACCAUAUCAGUUUGCAAGUCGACAAAGCACGCGCGGAGAGGAUGCAAUUCAGCACCAUGACAGGUGGUCGUCGCGCCGCCGGUACUGGGCGAGGCGGGAACUUUGGUAUGAAUCAUACUGUUGGCAUCGAUCAGAAGAACAGCAAGUAUGUUAGGAAUUUCAGAAGCCUAGCUCCAGAGGGCAAGUAUCACAACACGAAUUUGCACGAAACAAUGUGGAUCACGCCGAAAGAGAUGGGAUUGAACACAGCAAGCCUGCUGGAUAAGGAGUAUACAGAUGAGAUGAUGAAUAAAGAAGCGCGGCGCAAAAGGCAGCGAGACAAGGAGAAGGAGGAGGAGCUCGCAAAGUCUCUGGGACUGAAAGGAAAUGGCACCGGAAGUGAAUAUUUGAAGCAUCGAAACUCGCUGAAGGAGAGUAGAGAUAGGCGAGUGAUUGUCAAUGCUUCUUCACAGGACCACGCUACAGCUGUUCCAAGCGUUGCACCGGAAACAUUAGAUGCUGCAUCCUUAGGUCUCCUCGGUAAAACAGCACAGCAAGUCUCCCUUAGCCCGGUGAAGCGCAAAUUCAAAUUGUCAACAGAAAACUCUAGAUCAGGGCCCUUGGGCUGGAGCGGAGCUUUCACUCGCGGACUGCUUCAGAAAGCAGCAACAUCACAAGAAGAAAUGAGUAAGAAAGAGACCUCGAUGAGUCCACGAAAGAGCAGCAUGAAAGCAGCUCAAGAUGAUACAUCGCCAAGAAAGAAGGCUAGGUUGUUGUUGGAUGGGAAAGGCGUUAGAAUUCCUGGCAGGGAAAGCCUGGGAGCAGCACCUGGGGACGCAUUCUUAGAAGACGACGAUGACGAUCUGGAGAUUGUGUAGUCGGGGCAUUCCAAAAGGGUGUAUUAACUCUAGGCACUCCGAUAGAUUUGGCUUAGCUGUACUCUGUAUAUGAUACCCUGAAUGCAAAUGAUACAAAAAUG